AUGUUUUCCCGGCUUCUCAGGCUAUGUCAGAAAGAGAAUGGCGAUGAAGGAGACACCAGACCAACAGAGAAGGAAGAGGGAAUCCUUUCUCAUGAAAAAGGAAGAAGGAAAUGGUUAUGGAGAAGGCACAGGUCUGCUAGAAAUACUUCAACCCAAAAUUCCAACAUCACUAAUCAGAUAUCAAAUAUAAAUAAAGUUAGAGAACUGAAAUUGCAUAAGAGGAAGAUCAUCAAUGACAUGGAGGAAAUGUGUGGAAUCCUGAUCGUUUACAUGUAUGAGGAUUUGAAUUACAGGAUGAACACUGAAUUCAACAUCAUUAAAUCACAACAUGAGAAGACAAUGUUGGAUAUAGAUAAAAUGACCCAGUCCAUAAUUGCUUCCAUGAAGUUCUCCGAGGAACUGUUAAAUGAUAACUAUUCCUACAGCAUUAAGGAGGACCACCUCCUCCGUGAAUGCACUCAACUCAACGAAAAAGUAAGGAUAUUACUGAAUGAAAACAGAAAGCUGCUGGUGGAGCAGGCUGGAACGCAAGUGUCCUGUGGGGAAGAAAAGAGGUUCUGUGAGGAGGCCAGCAAGAACAUCUGUGCCUCAAGUGCCAAGGAGCAGCAGGUAGGAUGAUGUGUAUCAGAGGCACAUCGCCCUCAUGUCUAACCAUAAACAUAGAAAAUCCAAUGCAACAGUCCACCAACUUCUCCAGGCACUCACCUAUGUUUCCUCCAAG